CGUGGCGGACACAAACAGACAGAGCGCACAUGACGCACUUGCGCUUUUGAUGCGCUCGCUUUGUGCCGACUCACGGACUCGUUGAAGAUGGCAGGGCUGGAGCUGCUCUACAACUCGGUCGCCAGUAGCAUCAGUUGUCCGCAAGAUGUUCUCGUCUGUUUCGUGCACUGGGAAAUAGUGAGACGUGGAUACAAAUGUCUCGGUGUUGGCGACGAGCCUCAGACAAGUGACAAAAAGUCAGAGCUGCUGCCCCAGGGCUGGAAUGGCAACAAGGAGCUGUACACCCUACGAUACCAGUCCAGCGAUGACAAGAGUCGGCUGCUGGUCAAAGCCAUUACGGUGGACUCCUCUCUCAUCUUCAACCUGAUGGACAUGACUACAGAGCAAGUCUCAGACUUGACAGUGAAUGUCAGUGAUUAUGUAGAUGCAGACAACCUCCUUACAUUCGACAGAGUGUUAAAGAACACAGAGGAGCUGAAAACAAAGGUCCAAACCGGUCUUCUGUCGCAGAUGUUCAAGCAGAAGACUGAGAGUAAAAAGAAAGUUGAGAAGAGUGAAAGAGAGAGAACCCCAGAUUGGGGGCCAGACCAUGACCCUCUUCGGAUUCCCCCAAGAAGGCCUCUGGCUGGACGGGAUCCCAGCUGGCCUGACCCAAUGGCUCCAUUUGCUGCUGGACGUGCAGACUUGGAUCCCUUAAGUGGCCAGCCUGGCGGGAUGAUCAUGGACCCAUUACGCUCUGGUUUUCCACGUUCUGGAUUUGACCCCUCUGCUGGGAUACCAGGUCGUCUGCCCCCCGGUGCCGUGCCCCCUGGGGCCCGCUUUGACCCAUUUGGACCAAUUGGACAGAAUCGCCCAGGUCCGGACCCAGACCACAUGCCCCCUCCAGGCUAUGAUGACAUGUUCAUGUAGAAGCACCAGCAGCUCCUCUUACUGCCCUCGGCCGGCAUAGAAAAUGCCUCGCUUUGCUGCCUGUCUGCCCAGGCAGGGGAAUAUAGGGCAGACAUGAUUCAGUCUCUUUCUAAAUUUUAUGUUUGUUUUGUUUGAACAGCACAUGUAUUAUACAUAAAUCCAAUUCUGCUUGCUUAUUUCUCAGCUGGGAACAGUUGAAUAAGCAAAUUAGGAAAAUGAUUUAAAAAUGCAUUUUCAAUAAGUUUCAUUUUCAAUUAUACACUUGUGAUGGUGAACAGUUUAUUACUUGGAAUCCAGCUUCACUCUGGCAGUUAUUUAUCGAUUUCGGCAUAAGCAGAUUUAUGUUUUUCAAACAUAACAGUGCAGUCUUCUGUAUCUAAAAGAAUUAACUGAAUACCAGUGACGUGAGGAAAAAUGUUUAAUUCCUGAGCUUUUUUUAAUUUCUUAAAACUCGUAAAACUGGAUUUUAAUUUGCUGUUAAACCUGUUUGAGUA